AUGCUUGUUACACCACGAAAUUUAUUGGUCCUCCACUCCUCCCUCGAAGUUUUUGGUGGGCUAGCUAUGACAAUCAACAGCCCUAGCCCACGAUCCAUCCUAGUCCAUUUACUAGCGGAUCGGGUGGACCAGCCCGUUGUCAACCUAGGUCUAAAUAUACCCCGCGACCGACUCAUACUAAAACUGCCUGAGAUCAACAUAAAGCCAUGGGAGUCAUUGAAGAAAGAACUUGAAGAAAGCAACCAUAAGACCAAGUGGGUGGAGAGGGAACCUUAUGCUUACUGGAAAGGCAAUGCUAGGGUUAGUCCAACCAGACAAUACCUCAUGAAGUGCAAUAUCACAGACAACCAGGACUAG